CAUCAUAACUUACGCCUACACCCUAAUACACCGUUCGUCUUUUGCGUCAAAUUUCUUUUAUAAAUAACAACUAACAUAUUAUCUUAGGACUAAUAAAUUCAAGGCCAGCUAAACAUUUAAUACGUCAACUUAAUAAGGCCCACUAAAGGGGGAGGGAAAGUGCCCAGCUCUCACAGUUAAAGACCUCUGCUGUUCUCUUCUCUGGCACAAAAGCCACACAUUGUCCAGAGAACAGUUGGCGUCUACUCUAGUCUAAAGAGCUACGUCCGGUAGGAGCCCACGUGCUACUCCGUCCGAGCCAUAAGCCUUCCCCGGAGCCCCGUAGUAAACCAGACAGCUCUUCCGUAACAGCACCUCCACCGGGCUACAGGUCUGAGCCGGGGCGCCGGCGCUGCGGCCUAGAAGCACUACUAAAGCCACCAAAGACCACAUCGUCGCCCAGGACCUAGCAAGGCUACUUCUCCGCAUAAAAAUAACCAGACGCAAAGCACAAUAUGGCAUCUGGGCCGACAGGUAACCCUUACAAUGGGGGAGGUGCUUUCUCCAUAGGCACUUCCACUACUACUAAUUCUCAACUCUCGAAUAACCACAAUAACCUAACUCCUCCGCGCACUCCUUCCCCAGCAGUCGAGGAACCCCCCUCACUUACAGUUGAUGACCCUACUAUUCUAUCUAGCACUAACACUUCUAAUUCAUUAAACCAAGAACACUGGCAGUGCAUCCUCAACAUGGAAGCUCUUGACAAUAUUGUUCUCCACCCGCCCACCCGCAACACUUUCGACUUCAUCCGCUCUCUCCUGAAAAUCCUCGCGUUUAUCUUUUCUUACGGCAUCACUCGCGUUUACGUCGUCAUCUGCGCAGUUCUCUCGAUCAUCUCUCUCAAGGCCCUCACGAUGUUUCUCGCUAUAUCCAUCGCGACCUUCAUCUUCUUCUACCUCCCGCACCGCCACCGCACCAUCGUCGCGAAUCGCAAGGACCCCAGGAAACUAUGGCCGCGCAAGAGGACCACUGAGAUGCCGUUCUAUGUCCUCCUUGUCUGCGGCUCCGGUGGCCACACCACCGAGAUGAUCAAGAUGGUCGAGCGCAGCAUCCGAUCUGAAGGCCCGUACUCGCACCGCCGCUGGGCUGUUGGAUAUGGCGAUGACCUAAGCUACAAGAGGGUAAUGGACUUUGAGCGCCGCCUAAACAGCCGCUUCACCUCGCACAACUUGAACGCCGGCACCUACGACAUCAUGUUCUUCCACCGCAGUCGCGCCGUUCAUCAGAGCUGGUGGACGACUCCCUUCAGCGUGUGCGACUGCAGCAACGACGCCCUUGACAUCAUAACCACCCCGGCCCCCAACCCCACCAUCUCCGAGUUUAAGUUGCCCGGCGUGAUCGUGACGGACGGCCCCGGUACCGGCCUCGUGUUUCUCAUGUGCGUUUACUUGAUGAAGUUCUUCGCUCUCGUACAUGAAGACUCCAUGAAGUGCGUGUUUGUCGAGAGCUGGGCUCGAGUUAACUCCUUGAGCUUCUCGGGCAUGUUGAUCAAGUUCUUCCAGUUGGCCGAUGUGUUUAUCAUACAGCAUCGCCCGCUUCAUCGACGUAACCCCCGCCAUACGUAUACUGGCAAUAUGGUCGUGAUGCCGACUAUCCCUAGUGUGCCUACCGAGUAAUUCUACCGAGGUUGCAUAAGGAAAUAUCGAGUUCAAUACGGCAGAUCAGAAGAGCUUUCUCCGGCUGCGGUAGCAUUGUUGAAUGAUUUUUUUUCAUUCUAUUCAAAUUGCAGUCUCGUAUGGACUAAGGAGCCCACGAUGAUCGAGGGAACAGUUGCAUUUCAUUAAGCAAAAGGGGAAUUUCGUAUUGAAGGGAAAUCAAAUUGGUGUCGAUUAAGGACUGAACUCGUUGCAUUUUCACUGCUGGCUAGGGAACGCUUUACUGUUGCAUGGAAUUUCAUAUAGAAAAAGGGCACGAUCCAUAAUGGCAUUUGUUUGCCGGCUUAGGACUGCCGAUAAUCAUGACCGGAGGUAUUAGGAAUCACAAUUCGAUUUUCGCAG